UCCAGUUGUGAGUAGCUGUGCUUUCGGACAAAAACGACCGACACAAAUGUCUCCGUUUCUAACCGGAGUUUAGGUCUGAACGGAUCAGAGCAACGGAGCCCGGGAGACUGAUAACGUCGCCGACGGCGGAUGCCGCUCACGUUGCGGAAUUCUGCCGGGAGGAGGAGAAAAAACCCGGAUGAGAAGCUCCCGGAGCGACCCGGGGAGUCUACUUCUGCUCAGGUGAUGGCGCCCACACGCAUGAAACUGCGUGUGCGCCGUCGUGAUGGUGCAGGUGCAGCGGGAGGCGGUCAGCCGGCUGAGGAGGAGGAGCGGAGUCGAGAGACCGGCGGUCGCAGCAGCAGCCGGAGGAAAAACACCAGUAACACCUCGACCACUGCUGCCACCGCCUCCUCUCCGCCCACGUCCUCGGCCUCGGCGAGGACGGUGGUGGCGGCAGAGGAGGCAUCACCUGACUCCAAGUGCCCCAUCUGUCUGGACCGCUUCAACAACCUGGCGUACCUGGACCGCUGCCUGCACCGCUUCUGCUUCCCCUGCAUCCAGGAGUGGUCGCACAACAAGGCAGAGUGUCCGCUCUGCAAGCAGCCCUUCGCCUCCAUCCUGCACUCGGUCCGUGCCGAGGACGACUUCAAGGAGUACACGCUGCGGCCGGCGCCCGCCAACAGCAGCGUGGCCGCCACUGUGGCAAUGGUGGCCGCAAUGGCGUCGGCGGCGAGGAGCGACCACCAGAUGCGGUUGAUGCUGAGGAGGCACAGGGCAACAGACGGCGGAGAGACAACGACGACGAGGAGGCGGAGGAGGGAGAGGGGAGGGAGAGGAGGGGGGAGCAGGAGGACGGGGGAGAGGACGGGGGUGUGGGAAUGGUACCUGGACUCUCCUCCUCUCCCCCCUCUUCCUCACCAUCCCGCUGUGUCUCCCAUGGUCGCUGAGGACAGUGGGGAGGGGGAAGACCUGGAGCAGCAGAGGAUGAGGGGAGGGGCAGAUCUGGCAGAGCGCGGCGUGAUAUUUGAGGGACUGACGGGCCUUGGGGGGGCAGUGUCAGUUGCCCCCAACGACCGGGCGUCACGGCGGCUGAUGACCCGUCUGGCGGCAAGGCAGCGGCUGCAGCGAGAAGGUGGAACUGUGCGGCGGUUGAGGGAGAGAGAGACUGUGGCCUUCCGCCGCGCGCUCUACCGCUGUGGCAUACGGGUCCGCGGUGUUGCCGGGGUCAGCGGUAACCAGGCGCAGCAUCGUGACAUCACAGCAGAGAGCUUCCGUCGCAACCCAGCCCACCUGAACAGACUCCGUCCCUGGCUACGGCGGGAGCUCACGGUGUUGUAUGGUGCUCACGGUACGCUGGUCGACAUCGUCCAACGCAUCAUCAUGGCACGGCUGGCCCGCCACGGCUUGGAGGACACGCCGACCAUAGAAGAAGAGCUGCGGCCGUUCUUGUUGGCUCGCACCGACCACUUCCUGCACGAGCUGGUCAGCUUCGCCCGCUCGCCGCUCAGCCUGGAAAACUAUGACCUGCAGGCGGUGUAUGAGCCGCCCGCCACGGCCAUGGAGCUAGAUGGGACGAGCAGCCCGUCUGACAGCAGCUCCGUCAUCGCCAUAUCAGAGGGCGAGGAGGAGGAGAGCCGGGCGGGGGGAAUGUCAGAGGAGAGGCUGCAAGGGAGAGCGGGGAGCACUUACGAUGAUGUCAUUCAAACAGGAAGUAGCCUUAGCCUGUCUGCCUGGGACGACGAAACGCCGGGCCCCUCCUACUCCACUGCCGAGCCGUCAUGUUCACUUUCCUCACUGUCAUUCAGCCCCGACACACACAAGUCAGCCAAUAAGGACGCGGGAGAGAAGCGGGAGGAGGAGGGGGAGGAGGAGUGUCUGAUCGUUGGAUACAAGAAGCCGAUCGCAGAGCGGACGCCGGAGCUGGUGCAGCUCUCCUCCGACACCGAGGAGGAGGAGGAAAAGGAGAGAGAGGAGGAAAAGAUGGUUGAGGAUGCUCCGCCCCUCCCCUCCACCACCCCUCCUCUUUCGUACCUACCUACAAUCCCUCCCUCCACAUCUGGCGCCUACCUAGAGGAGCAGAACGACAAGCCGAAGGAGAAAGACGGCGAGGCGGGUGGGCGUCGCUCACGUGCACGCUCCUGGUCGGUGAGCUCGGGACGAAGCCGGGAGUCCGUGUGCACGCUCAGCCCGAGCGAGCAGCGGCCGGAGAGCUGGAGAGACAGGAAGCAGUGUGGUAGUGAGGUGGUGAGGGAGAAGAGGAGGAGGAAGAAGAGGAGGAAAGGGCGGGAGAGGAGUGGUACCUUGUACAACCCAAACCGAUCCAUCUAUCCCGCCAUGAUGCACCGCCGCUCCCACUCUCCCUCGCCGUUUUACUCCAGCGUUGAGUCCGGUUCACCGCUGCCGCCCAGCCCGCCCGACUCCAGCUGGGAGUACCACUGCUCCCCCUUUACCUCCUCUGUCUCCUCGCGCUCCUGCUCUUCCUCCUCCUCACCCCUCUGCUCCUCCCCGCAGCCGCCGACCUCACCACCACCGCAGACGCCGCCGACGCCCUCGCUCUCCCCCGGCGACACUCACCACAGAGAAAAACCCGGUGGGAAGAGGAAGUACAAGAGCCGCCACCUGGACAGCAACGACAAGGACCCGACCUGGAGGCCGAGCAGCAGCCACCGCAAGGAGAAGAGGAGGGAGAGGGGGGAGAAGGAGAGGAGGAGGAGGAGGAGGGAGAGAGAGGGAGGGAGGAAACGGGAGAGACACAGGAGGGAGAGUAGUUACUGUGGAGAGAGCAGCGGCAGGAGGUCCAGAGAAGACCGGAGUCCGAGCGUGGAGAUCAUCUACGAGGGCACCAUCAUGUCCGACGCCGCACAACCUCCCGCCCGCAAACGCCGCAGGAAACGCCACCGAAAGAUGCCACACAACAGUUCUCCAGUCAUCAUCACCCUCGACAGCGACAGCAGCCACGACGACCUCAACAACAAAAACAUCAGCAGCGGCAGCAGCAGUCCGCUCAGCAGCCAGCAGACCGUCGACUUCUCCGACCUCCCUCCUCUCCCGUUGGUGCAUUCUGCCGGCGUAGGCGGGGCCUUGGAAGGUGAAAUUGGCGAGCUUCCCGUUGACAUCCUAGACCGGGGAUCUGACGGGUCGGAGACGGAGCCAGCGGGCCAAUCGGGUCCCAUCGCGAUCGAUAACAGCGACAACAGCGAUGACGUGGACGUGGAAAAUAUCGAAGAGAGUGAUUCACUGCUGGUGUGGAGUGAUGAUAGAGGGCUGUCCUCGGACUUACAUGGACCAAUCAGAAAGGACGACACGAAGACGACCAUUGAUAAUCAUCCAAGAGAGGCAACGAGUGCGGACGCUCGGCGGCCAGGAGACAAAGACUCUGCCCCCGUCACAACCUCUGACAGCUGUCUGCUAGCAACCAUCCUAAAUGACCUGAAGGAAAUUGCUGUUCCUAAACGUGACUCGUCUUCGAACUUUAGUUCCUCCCCCGACACCAGAAGAAAAUGUCUUCAGGCUCGUUCCAAUCAGGGCGACUGGUUGGCUGAGACGAGACGUCCCGAUGCCGAUUUGCCUGUGGAACGAGAACAAAAUCAGGAGUCGGACUGUCGUACCUCCACGCCCCCGCCGCCGCCUUCUCUUCAGCAGCUGAAGGAGGGCGGAGUCAGACACGAGGGCGUGGACAUCCCUCCACUCCUAAAAAAGGCCAGUCCUGUCCGGUCACACAACAGAAACACGCCACCACCAUUAAAACACAAAGACGCUGGGAGUCCACACCGGUCGCCCGCAGGCCUCCACUCACCUCAUGCCUCCAUCGACGUUGACCCAGUUGGUGUAAAUAAUCCCGUUGACCUCAAUUCAAAUCCCGUCGACUCCCGUUUGUCUCCCGAUCCGCCCAAAGAUCACCAGGUCAUCCCGCCCAUUUCAACGCUGAAGAAACAUUUAAAGAGCGCUUUGGCGUCUGCUAGCAGCGUUAGCACUGACCUGCAUCCUUCCUUUCAUUUAGCACCUAUUGACUCUCCUAAAGUCCGAGCAUUAACCACUGAGAUCCAUUCCAUAAGUCACAAACCCCCCAUUGAUAUCCACUCAUCUUCUGGGUCUGAAAAUACCACUCCACAUCUGGAUUUCUUGAAUUCUCUUCAUUCUUCAAAGUUACAUUCCUGUCGUGAAAGCACAAAGGAAACACCUUCCUGUGGUGUCGGAUCUUCACCCAUUAACUUACAUCCUGUGAAUUCUUUAUCUGCCAUUGAUUUCCAUUCAGCUGAUACCGGUUGGUCCAAAGAGAAACGAGCGCGCACUGACUCUACCUCCGGAGGUUGCAGGAAUGAGACUUUAAUGAAUUCCUGUCAGGUAGCACCCGUUGACCUCCAUCUUUCCAGCAGUGUUUGUGCUGGAGGCACGCCGGCAGGUAGUGGUGUUUUCUCAGGAGUCACUUCUAACGUCACGUCACCUGCUGUUUCGGGUUCGUCCCUCGAAUCCAGGACUCAGAAUCCCUUCUCACCCAUUGACUCGCACUCUUCCAAUAAAAGAGAGAACCUGUCACAAAAGCUGAGACUGAACUCGGUGCCAACAGCAGCUCCCAGUGGCAGGUUGACACCCGUUGACUUGCAUCCUAGAAGUCCCAAAUCUACUGUUGAUCUCCACUCUUCCAGUGCAGCUUCAGAAGGAUUGGCCGAUGGCACGCCAUCAUCAAUAAUCAAUCACGGGGAUCGAUCGCCCGGUGGUCACCCGCCACCUAUUGAUUUGCAUCGUAGAAGUCCUCCGCAGUCGGCUAACCUGCAUUCUUCUCGCUUUGUCACCACUAUGAUUGAUGGACACUCCAACCACACAGCCUUACCCCCCUCCUCCACCUUCCACACUGCACACAGGAAGUGCAGUUCUCGAGCCGAACCUACUGUUGACUCCCGCUCAGACCUUCGCCAGUCUGACUCAAAACAUCACAACCACUUUGACCCCAGCUCCAACUCACAGUUCCCCGUUGAUGCCCGCUCCAAACAUAACGCCCCCAUUGACGCUCGCUCGAAAAGCUCUCGGAGAGACUUCCAGCUCCACGCAGACAAUCGCAUCACGUCUUUCCCCGGGUCCGUUGAGAACCAGUGGAACUCCGGCGCUGACACUCGUUCAGACUCGCGGUCGCCCAUUGACGAACGUUCGGCGAGCGGAGUUUGGGCCGCACACACACACACAUAGGACACACUCAUGAAAAGAGAUUUAAGUGUUGAAGACUCAAAGGACGAACACUCGAUUUUUAUCUCUGUUGCUAUUUUUUGUUUAAUUGUUUAAGAUAAAUUGUGUUGAUUUAAAAUUUAACCCCUUACUGCCUGUUUCAUCCCAAAAGUUAAGUUUGAAUCACUGACAGCAAAUUGUUUUUACAUGUGAUUUGUUUUCCUGGGGCUGGGACACUGAGAAACUUGGAUCAAUAUAUUUGAUACAAAUAUUGAUUUAAAAAAAAUUGUCAUGAUAAUAAUGAUUUACAAUAUUAAUUACCAUUUCCACCAUUUUUGUUUGCGAUAGAGGGGAGAGAUAAAGAUUUAGUCUUGAUUUAUAAACUAGAGUUAAUUUGUCGAUAUCCUGGUUAUGAUGAUUAUUGAUAAUUGAUUGGUUCCAGCCCCCGCUGAUGCACAAGUCACAUGAAAAUGUUUAAGCCCGCCUUCAGACAAACAUUAAAGGUGGAGUCUCCUGCCAUUUUUUUAACCCGUCUCUGGGGAAACAUUAAGCCCCGCCCCCGUCUGUUAAUCACAACUGGGUCACAUGUUGUAUAAAACAGUAGCUGUAGUCUGAAAUCAAAUGGAAAUCGAAGUAAAAGUGAAAUAAAUAUAAGAAUUUAUGGAUGAAGUGAAAAAGCAACAUUUUCUAACAUAAAAAAAAAAAUAAUGGAAACAUUUGGACGUCACUUUUAGAAAAUCCUUCAAUAAUGAGACACGGCUGCAGCGUCAUCCCGGUCUGCUCAUCAUGUAAUAAAUGAGUGAAUAUGUGUGUUUACAUGUUCUGUAGGAAAAACCUCACGGGUUGAAGAAUCUUGAAUAAAGGUUUUCUCAGAGUGAGA